UUGGUGAAUAUGGAAAGUUACGAGGCAACGUACUUCUUCCUCCUCCCUCUCGCUGUCUUAUUGUCCUGCAACAGAAAUUAUAACCCUAGUCGACAUUUUCUGUGGGCGUUUAUCGGACUUCCUGUCAUUUACAGAAGAACAGCUUCCGUUCAAUCAUAAAUACAAGAUAGAUCAUAACCAUUCGCGCAAUUUCUUUGCGUUAUGCUUUAAUGGGUGCUCCUAAACAAAAAUGGACAGCGGAAGAAGAAGCAGCUCUGAGAGCUGGAGUUGAUAAGCAUGGGGCUGGUAAAUGGCGAACAAUACUCAAGGACCCAGAAUUUAGUGGUGUCUUAUAUCUGCGCUCAAAUGUUGAUCUGAAGGAUAAGUGGAGGAAUAUGAGUGUGAUGGCAAAUGGAUGGGGUUCUCGAGAUAAGGCUCGGUUAGCUUUUAAGAGGCUGCCACAUAUCCCUAAACAUGAUGAAAACUCUAUGGGACCAAGCACUGUUGUUCAGAGUGAUGAAGAAAUGGGGGCCGAUGCUAAGCCUCUUGUAGUCUAUAAUGGUGGACUUCAGGGUUCUGCUUCAAAGAAAUCCAUUGUGAGGUUGGAUAACCUCAUAAUGGAAGCAAUAACAAGCUUGAAAGAGCCUGGUGGUUCUAAUAAGACAACUAUCGGCUCAUACAUAGAGGAACAAUAUUGGGCGCCCCCAGAUUUCAGGACGAAAUUGUCGGUAAAAUUAAAGUCUCUUACAGAAAGUCGCAAACUGAUUAAGGUUAAACGCAGGUAUAGGAUUGCUCCUGCUUCUUAUUUUGAUAAAAAUAGAAAUUCUCCAAUGCUAUCCUCGGAGGGAAAACAGAAGAUCUCCCUAAAAGUUGAACAGGAUGACAAUCAUGACAUUGUUGUACUUACAAAAUCCCAAAUUGAUAUGGAGUUGGCCAAGAUGAGGAAAAUGACUCCAGCAGAGGCUGCUGCUGCAGCUGCGAGAGCAGUAGCAGAUGCGGAAGCUGCAAUUGCACAAGCUGAAGAGGCUGCAAGGGAGGCAGAGGCAGCAGAAGCAGAUGCAGAGGCUGCACAAGCUUUUGCAGAAGCAGCUAUGAAGACACUAAAAUAUUCUAAGAAUAGCCGAAAUUGAUGGGAAGGCUCAGUAUGGCCUAAGGGAGCAAUGGAUUAUAGCUUCUCCGUCUUUCUUCACACCCAGUUGUUUAAUGCAAAUAAAUAAAGGUCCUUCCAGCAAGGAGAUAACUCUUUGCUAGAGGGUACAUGGAUUCCCUGCAGUUUGGUAGACUAUUUAUCAAGUCAGUCUUUUAGUUCUAGCCCUCCCUUCUUUGUCUUUCUAGCAGUGUCUUUGCAGCAGCUUUAGGCGUGGUAAUGGCUUUACCAACCGAAUUAGUUUGCUUUCUUUUCAUCUGGAUUGGUUUGAACUUUUGUUUGUAGUUAAUGCUAUUGCACUGGGAGAGUGUGAGUUUUGCAUGACUCAUGAAUCCUUAAAUUUAUUAUAUUUCGAACUUUCGGGUUUCCGGAUUGAUGAAUAAAAGUAGCAACUCUAUCUGAAUCUAUUGUCAGUUUGGUUUUA